AUGAAUCGAUUUUUUAUCGGUAUUGAAGGUGGUGCAACGAAAACUGAAGGAGUCUUAAUCGAUGAGUUUGGUAAGGUAUACGCAACAGUACAAGGAGGACCAUCUAAUCCUUGGGUUUUUGGGUUUGAUAAUGUAGCAAAAUUAUUGAAACAAAUCAUUGAUGAUAUUCUUGUUAAAUCUGAAGUGAAUUGGGAACAAAUUGUUAGUGUUGGUAUGGUAUUAAGUGGUGCUGGACAAAUUGAGUCACAAUCAAAUUUAAGAAAUGAACUUCAAUCGCUCAAUGUUGACACAAAUAAAGUUUCCAUUGGUGAAGAUUUAUUGGGACCUGUACCCAACGGUGGAGUUGUCAUUAUUGCUGGAACAGGUUCAAAUUGCGUUGUUUACAAUGGAGAUGGUUCAAGCAAACGAGCCGGAGGAUGGGGUCAUUUAUUAGGUGAUGAAGGAAGUGGUUAUUGGAUUGCUCAACGAGCUAUUAAAUGUGUUUUUGAUCAUGCUGAUAAUCUAAAGUUAUCUCGUCAUGAUUUAACCAGAUUAAGUGAUGAAAUAAAAGUAUAUUUUAAAAUUCAAGAUAUGAGCCAACUUUUGAGUUAUUUUUAUAAAAAUUUUCAAAAAGAUUUUAUCGCACGUUUUACUCAAGUUAUUGCUAAAUUGGCUAUGAAUAAUAAUGAUGCAGCAAGUCAAGAACUAUUUAAAGAAGCUGGCUUUAUGCUAGGUACACAUCUUCGAGCCAUUUCAGGUCAUAUUGAAACCAAAUUAUAUGAUCAAGGAACAUUAAGAGUUGUGGCGGUGGGUUCAGUGUUUCGUAGUUGGAAAUUUUUAAAACCAGGUUUCACUGAUGCGCUAUCAAAUGGAAAUGCACUGCCGUUUCAUAAGGUUGAACUUGCUCAAUUAACAUCGUCCGCAGCAAUCGGCGCUGCAAUUUGGGCUGCACGUAAACACGACAUUCCACUUCCCAAUGUUGACUUUACAAAAUGUUUUACUACACUCGAUACAAUUGAUAUCAUGGUAGCUAAAUUAGUAGCAUUGUGUGAGUAUGCAGUUGUUAACAAUUUUAAUACGCUUCUUUUGACACAAUCAUCAACAUUAAAUACUUUACCUGUUAAUCUGAAAGCGCGUUUAUUUACUGUGCUCUCUCAUCGUGGUCUUUUAACAGAUGAUAAUCUACCAUUUUUACUGAAUUGUCGUACGCGUACAUUCGAUUUUCGGGAUUGCGUCGACAUAACCGAUCAAUCGUUAGCAUUGAUGGCACGUUGCUCAUUAACUGCACAAAUCGAACGAAAACGUCUUCAACACUUAGCCUCAACACAAAACGAAAUUCCACCACAUACACCAACAACAUCAGUAUUAAAUCCGUCCAUAAUAUAUGUACGUGGUCUACAAAUAACAGAUUAUGGCCUCAGUCAAUUUGUUCAACAAUAUCCAUCGUUGAGAAAAAUACGCGCACUACAUUGUUCACAUAUAACCGAUGAAAGUGUAAUUGCUAUUGGUAGCUAUUGCUCGCGGCUAAUGGAACUUGAUUUAACUGGUUGCAUAAAAGUGACUGAUGCAGGUAUUAAUGGUCUACAACAAUUAACUCAUCUUCGCUCGCUAGCUUUAACACAAACUUCUAUAACUGAUGAUUCAUUGAUCUCGAUUGGACAGUCAGCAUUUCAUCAUACAUUAAAUGAAAUAAAUUUGAGAAUGUGUACCGAAAUAACAGAUGAUGGCUUCCUAUUUUUGCUCAAAAACUGCCCAAAUUUAAAAACAAUCGGAUUCAUUCAGUGUCCGAAACUUACUGAACGUUCUCGACAAAAUUUAAAUCCACAUACGCAUCAAUUGUCAUACCUCGUUUGGACGAUUCCGGUUGAAUAA